CUUCCAGAACUUUCUCCCAGACACGGCAUUUUUUCCUCUUGGGAAGACAGUUGCUCGCCUGGAGACAGUCCUAACGGUGCUGUGACCCGUCUGUGGAAUAGACCCUGUGACUCCUUGAAUUCCUGUCCCGGGGCCAGGACCCUCCGCCCCAUCCAUGCCUCACCUGACCACGCCGAGUCCACCCUCCCGUGACGGUUCUCGGACAGCGUCCUGAAAAUUGACGGGGCAUGAAAGGAUGACGGAUGCGGGAGUGCCCCCGAGACGCACACCUUGUUUCUUAUCCACGCUGCUGUCUCAGAAGGUGCCCGAGAAGUCCGACACGGAGCUCCGUUGCAUCAUAUCUGGGCAGCCCAAGCCAGAGGUGACUUGGUAUAAGAAUGGCCAAACCAUUGAUGGGUGUGGCGUUUCCAGUUACGAGAUCUGUGAGAACCAGUAUACUCAUGUGUUACAUCUCUAUGGCUGUACCUCGGAUGACGCUGCCGUCUACCAAGUCUCCGCACAGAACUGCUUCGGAAUGAUCUGCUGUUCUGCCCACAUCGAAGUCCAGAGCUCUCCCGAGGACCCACAACUGCCCCCCAGCAAGAAAGGUGAUGCCCACACAGGUCGGAAACAUGAAACAGGCACCCACGAGGCCGGAAGUGCCCCACAAGUGGAUUCAAAAGCCCAUCCUUACAAGGAAGAGGAGAGGACCUUCCUGGGCCCUCCCAGGUCUGCUGAUGCCACGCCGGAAACACCCAGCCUUCCAGGUUCCCUGCAGCGGCAAACCUGCGGCAACAUUCAAACCUCCCGCCUGGAAACACCUUCGGGUGGUGAAGACCCGAGGCAAACCCGAGUGGCUUACGAGACAAAUGACCCAGAGGGAGUCGCCGACGUGGUCCUUGGCCCCCAUUCCCAUGGGCUGUCCGAAAACCUAAAUGGAGAUUGCCACCGAACACAGCAUUCCAAAGUAUCCCAGCCCACCUGGCACCACCUUGGGCCCAAGGAGGACCCCCUAAACGCUGGCCACCAGGAGCCCAGAGUUCAGAAAUACAUUAGCUCCAGCCACCCACUCCCCGAGGUGGCCACGUCCACCCACCCAGGCCACCAGCCACCCUGCCCACUGCGCGUUCCCAGCGAGCACUCGGACAGUGACUGUGAACUUUGCCCAGAGAUAGCCCGAACGUACACGGAGGAGUUUUCGGACGAUGACCUGGAGUAUCUGGAAUGUUCCGAUGUUAUGACGGAUUACUCUAAUGCCGUCUGGCAACGGCACCUGCAAGGGACGGGGUGUGUGUUUUUAUUGGAAAGCCAUGACGAAGAGCAGGAUUGCAGGGAGUGUGGUUGGGGUGGGGGUGGGCAUUUCCUCAGGGAGGUGGACCGUGGGUCCCAGGUGUCAGAUAACACUGGGCCUAUGGACGCCACCCCUGGCUCCUGCCGUUAUCACUCUCCGCCCCAAGAAGUGGGGCUCAGAAGUGGCGGCGGCGGCCCCUCACCUCCACACGCAGGGAUGACUCUGACUUUGGGUCCUCACCAGGAGGGGACGUGCCCGGUGACAGGCCAGGGGAGAUCGACACCGGCCCCUGCGUCCCGGGCUGCUUGUGUUUAUCCAGGAAUUCAAGGGGAAACCAUAGACAGCCGUCAGCCAGGCGAGGAAGUUGACAUCCACAGUCUGAUCACCAUGGACAAGGCGCCGCCUGAGACGCCACCGGGUGAGUUAGAGAGGGCAGGGACACACCCAUGGGGGGUGACUGCGGCCCAGAGCAGAGUUGGGGAGAAGGACGCCCGGAGCGAGGACGGAGAGAAACCUGUUAGGGCCAGGCGACCAGGAAUUAAGGGGAAACUCAAGAAGCCAGACAGCCACCCGAGAGGAAGAACCACAGAAGGCACCCCGGAUCGGCACCCCGGGGAUCCUGCUUUGCCCCCACGGCUGCAGAGCAACAAAGGGGACCCUUCUCACGCCACCGCGGAAGCCACUGGUCUUCGGCCGCUGUCCCGCUCGGGUGAACAUGCCACGGCAGAGCAAGAUGCACGCGACCUGCAGACACCAACAGCCUCGCUCCCCAGAGAAGGAGAGGGUGCAGAUGCCACGGGGGAAGGGGUGCUCCUGGCUGAUCUGCCGGAAGCAAGCCGGGUUCCAGAGGAGAGCAGGGAUCCGCAGGUGCAAGCACACGAUGCUCCCAGCCCGAUGUCAACAGCUACCGAGUCUGCCAGGGCGGAGUCCUCCCUCACCGCCCCACCCGCCGGGACCUCAGCCAGCUCCCCCUCCGACGUAGGAGGGACCCCGGAAGACAGUGCUUCAUCAGCUGAGAACCUGGAUGCAGAUAGUUGCAUGCCAAGCCCACAGCUCGAGGAAGACCGAGGCACAGACAGAGCAGACGGCCUAGCUGGUGGCCCCGGGGGAGACCUGGACCAUGAUCUAAGCAUCUCAGAAGCUGGCAGUGAACACCUGUCCCCCCGUGAGAGCUCAGGUCACUACCCGCAGCACGGCCACACUGACCUCCAUGGUUUAUGUUCUCCUGACGACCAGGGGCUGGAAGUCCCAGGCGAUGAACGCGGUCCUGGGCCUCCACAGUCUUCCACCGGCGAAAAUGCCAGGGAUGGACAUUCAGCCGGGCCACCACUUGUUCUCAGCGAGUUCACUGAGGACGUUUCUCAAGAGGCCCAUGAAGGCGCCCCGGGGGGUGCUGUCGCAGAGGGCGGCGAGAACACCUCCAUGUUGGCUUGCCAUCAAAGGACUUGCCAGGAGAGGACAAGCCUCGGCCACUCAGGAGGGCGGGAGGAAGGCCGGCCUCUUUCUCCCGAGAGCAACUCUUUGUUGCAAUUCGAAGACGACGAAGAGAGGACUGGGGCUUGUGCCAAAGACACCACAGGCCCAGCAGCCAGGGGUGUGACGUUUCCCCGGGAGAAGCCAACACCGUCCACUGAUGGUCUCGGGAGUCCUUGGGUGGCCAGGCAGAAUGAAGACGCACCAGCUAUCACCAUGGCCCCCCAAGUCCACCCAGCCAAGUACCACGCUGCUCCGGUUGCUGAAAACAGCCCUGCAGAGGGCGAGGGUGCCAAGGAGUGCUCCCCUCGGGCACCAGAUGGCAACAGGCCCCAACAUCCUUCCUGUGUCCCCGGGGGCCGUAUUUUACCUGUCUCCAUGGCUGAAGCUUUCAAGGAGCUGUCUGGCCUGGUGCCCAGGGCUGCAGGCACCCAUACGCGCGUCUCCCAGCUCUCAGAGCGAGAGGGAUGUUGUAGCGACCCUCCUCCGCAGAUUGGUCCCCUGCAUGGAGAGCAGAGCCAGGUGGUGGCCCGAGUGGACCACGGGGGCCUCCAAGAGAAUGCCCAAGAAAAAGGAGGUGAAACCAAGCAGAGAGCCCCGCCAGAGGGCCCGCCCCAGCAGGCUUCUCCCUCUGAAGAUGGUUUCCAAGGAAGUGUGCCUGCCUCCACAUUGGCUGUGCAAGAGGAAAUCAACUCGGUGCCCUUGGACCGGUCAGGCGGAGACGCCGGUGGAGACAGGGGCCUGAGCUCCGGCCUGGGGAGCAGCGUCUCCCUUGUGGCAGAAGCUGCCGUGGAAGUGGUCAGCCAGGCUCUGAGCAGCGUUCUGCCGCUCAGGAGCUAUCUCCUGGAGGAAUCUAAAGAGAGCCAAGGAGGCCCUGGGGAAGCAGGCACCAAGCUGAAGAUCUUAAGUCUAGAGGAGCCUGGGUCAGAGAGCUGGCCACCAACCCAUCCAACAACCUGUGGGUGCGAGGAGCCCGGAGCUGCCCCCAGAAUUCCUAAUGGGGUCUGGGCUCUAGCGGAAGUUCUCCAGGCAGACGAACCGAUGGGCGAUGAGAGCCCCUCCGAAAUGGCAGCACCAGCUAGCCGUGCUCCGUGCGGGUGCGCCUCAGCCCUGGUGAGUGACACCCACGGGCGUCAAGCAGGCAGCAGCGAUGGCUGGAGGGGUCUUUGUCCCCCCUCUAAGAGCCAACUCGGGUCCCUGGAGUCCUCCGUGGACCCUAUUGGCACAAAGGAAGCUUGUCCUGCGGCGGCGCCCCCGGAGGCAUCCAUAGUCGGUGGGAAGGACAAUGCCAGUAUGAGUCCAGGGCAGGUGGGAAACCAGCCCAAGGUGAGUGGCCUGGCCUUUUUGACACCGUUGCUGGCCUCCCCUCAUCUCCGAGAGUCAUCUGUGGAUCCCAUUGCGGAAACAGAUGGGAUGGAGUGGGCUGGGGCUGAGCGGCUAGAGCACCCCGAAUCCACACCAGUGCAGAGUGAAGUGGAAGGUCCGUCCAAUGACGAUCCCUUGGGCCAGACAGAAGAAGUCCGGCCUGCCCUUGUGCAAGGGGUGCAUUCCGAGGAAAGUGGGGAGACCGUUCCCAGUGAGAGGAGCACAAGCCCAAACCCAGAAGAUGGCGGGGGCGGGGAGGCCACCGAGCAAUGGGAACACAGCAGCGCCCCGGAGGGCGUCCACCUGGCCCUUUCCCAGGCCACGCGUCCUAGUCAGGGAGGGGAGGUGGCCCCAGGGGCAGGCGGCGGAUGCCAAGAACAAGGGGGUGAUGGGCGCGGCUUCGGGGAGGCGGCCCAAGAAGGCACAGCAGAAGGUGCUCCCCACACGUUGCCACCUCUGGGCGGUCUUGAAAGAAGGGCCCAGGCGUCUGUUGGAAUGGACACUGGCUCCCUGGGCCAAAUGCAUGAGGUCGCCGGAAGUGUGUUCGCCGAGCCCGGACCCCGUCAGGAUGCCGGUGCUGACUCGAUGGAAAGGGGGAGAGACCGGGAUGGUGAGUUUACUGGACAUGUGUCCCCUCCUGGUGCUCUUGCACUCUUGCCCUCAGCGUCCUCUCCGGAAGGGGGCAGGCUAAGCUCCCCAAUAAGCAACGAAAGCCAGGGACCUAAAGGAGAAGAGCCCCAUUGUGGGGACACGAAGCCCCCAAACUCACCUGGCUCCCCAGUCAGGACUCAGGCCCUCUGUUCAGGAGAAUGGGUAGCAGAGAACGAUCCUAAGUUCCCACAAGCCUCCCUUGUGAAUAAGUCCAGGGAGGAGGAGAGGCCCAGACCUACCAAAGCCGGCAAAACCGGGGCCCGGCCAACGGUGAUGAGGUCAGAGGAGGCCAAGAAGAAGCAGGAGACGUUGGGCAGCGGACACCUAGCCGAUGGCGUCAAGAAGAAAAUUCUGUCCAAGGUAGCAGCCCUAAGACAGAAGUUGGAAGAGAGGGAACAGGCCCGGAAGUCCUCGAUCUUCCUGAAGAAGAUUCCCAAACUCGAGGCUCCUGCUUCACGCACGGACGAGAAGAAAGACCCCAAAAAGCCACCUUGCAAAAGAGACGGGAGAGCUCCCGUAUUACUGAGAAAGAUUCAAGCUGAGAUGUUUCCGGACCAUUCUGGAAAUGUGAGGUUAAGCUGCCAGUUUGCGGAAAUUCAUGAAGAGUCUACCAUCUGGUGGACAAAGGAUGUGAAGCCCAUAGCCCAAGUGCAGAGAAGUGCGGGCGACCACUCCACUGUCUCCUUGGCCAUUGUGCAAGCCAGUCAAAAGGACCAAGGCCUCUAUACCUGCUGCAUCAAGAACACCUACGGCAGAGUGACCGCUGAGUUCAGGCUCACGGCAGAAGUUCUGCGGCGGCUCUCGGCACAGCAGGAGAGCAAAGGCUGUGAGGAGAUUGAAUUCAGCCAGCUCCUCUUCAAAGAGGACUUCCUCAUGGACAGCUACUUUGGGGGCAGCCUCCGGGGUCAGAUAGCCACAGAGGAGCUGCACUUCGGGGAAGGGGUCCACCGCAAGGCCUUCCGCAGCACAGUGAUGGAGGGCCUCACGCCCGUCUUCAAGCCAGGCCAUGCCUGCGUGCUGAAGGUCCACAACGCCAUCGCCUACGGGACCAGGAACAAUGACGAGCUCGUCCAGAAGAACUACAACCUGGCUGCCCAGGAAUGCUACGUCCAAAACACUGCCCGGUAUUAUGCCAAGAUCUACGCCGCUGAAGCACAGCCUCUGGAAGGCUUUGGAGAAGUGCCCGAGAUCAUUCCUAUUUUUCUCAUCCACCGGCCUGAGAACAACAUCCCGUAUGCAACCGUGGAGGAGGAGCUGCUCGGGGAAUUUGUGAAGUAUUCCAUCCGGGAUGGGAAGGAAAUAAACUUUUUGAGAAGAGAGUCGGAGGCUGGUCAGAAAUGCUGCACCUUCCAGCACUGGGUAUACCAGAAGACAAGCGGCUGCCUCUUGGUCACAGACAUGCAGGGUGUGGGGAUGAAGCUAACCGACGUUGGCAUAGCAACACUGGCUAAAGGGUACAAAGGAUUCAAAGGCAACUGUUGUAUGUCCUUCAUCGACCAGUUCAAGGCCCUGCACCAGUGUAACAAGUACUGUAAGAUGCUGGGGCUGAAGGCGCUUCAACACAACAGCCAGAAACCCAAGAAGCCCAGCGUGCUGGGGAAAAGCAGAGCGCAGCAGCCCCCCAACGCUGCCAUGGCCACUGGGAAGAAAACAGGCGCCGGGAGCCCCACGGAGAAGAAGGCCUAGCUUGGUUCCGGGGGGCUCUGGCCCUCGCUCGGGACGCUGGGCCCCGGGAAGGUACUGCACUCGCGACCAGACCCAGAGAGGCUGGAUCUCAGGGCAGCGCGUGCGCACUCCAUAGCAUUUCCGGAAACCAGCUCGCAUGCACGAUCUAUUCGUGUAUUUGCACGUGGUCGUGUUGCCAGGAGGCGGUGCCGAGCAGGAUCUGCCUACAGCGCGCCCUCCCCCCACCCCCCACUUGGAAAGGUAGGUGACGCGACCGCGGAGUAAAGAACCCGAAGCCCUUCUGCCGGUCGCCUUGUCGCCCAUGUGUUAAAUAUGGUUUCCAAAAACAGGAGGCCCCUCCACCACCCCGUUGUCACUUCCUCUUUCAUUA